AUGGCUUACCGAUCGGUCUGGAUCAUUUUACUGGCUGCAGUUGCCGUUUCUCAGGCGGCAAAUAUUCUCUUCAUGUCCGGCGUUCCUUCCCCGAGUCAUUACAUAUGGCUUCGACCACUGAUGAACGAAAUGGGAAAGCGUGGCCACAACGUGACGGUGAUCAGUGCGGAUGUGGAGAAGAAACCGCCAGCGAACUUGACCUACAUUCAUCUGGAGAACUUCUACAGCACCAUGUACAACACUUCGAUGCGGCAGAAGUUUGACUUUUUCGCUAUGGCCAACGAGAGUCCCAAUACACUAUUGAAGGUGUUCAACGAGCUAGGGCUGGACCUCUGCGAAGCGGCCAUCAAAUCGGAAGGGCUACACUCGCUUCUGGCCUAUCCGCAGGACUUUAAGUUCGAUUUGUUUGUGAGUGAUUAUAUGAUCGGUCCGUGCGUUUCUUCGAUCAUUUUGCACCGCUUCCAGGGUGUCCCAUAUAUCCCAUCCGCGCCAUGCAAUGCCCAAUCGACCGCUGCGUCAUUGAUUGGAUCGUUUACCUACUCGGCUCUAAUUCCAAACAUCGUCUUUGAUGCACCGGAAUCGAUGAGUUUUGUGCAGCGAGUGAAGAAUCUUUACUACGACUUGAACGAAAUCAUAUUCCAUGAGAACUUUCUCAUCCCCGAAUCGGACCGAAUUUUCCACAAACUCUAUCCAAAUGCUCCAAACGUGAAGAGCUUUGCCAAAAACGUUAAGCUGUCCUUCAUCAACGUCAAUUCGAUUAUCCAGUACAAGGAACCGAUGAUGCCGAAUAUGAUACCGGUCGGUGGAAUGCAAAUCCAGCCAGCGAAGCCACUGCCAGCGGAUCUCCUCAAAGUGGUCGAAGGAGCCAAAAAUGGAUUCAUCCUCUUCUCGCUCGGCAGCAAUGCCCGUAGCGAUCUGCUGGGUCCCGAGCGCAUUACCAACAUUCUGACCGCGAUGGGGCGACUCUCCCAGUAUCAGUUCCUGUGGAA